CCGGAAGCUGUGACGUUGUUGUUUGUUGCCGUAUGCUACAAAACAGUAAUUUGAUCAUUCGGGAAUUUAAGUGGCGUAUACUGUAAAUUACAUCGCUGGACAAGAUGGACUUUGAGUUUGAGGAAGAGCUGAGGAGUGCUGAUGAGCUUCUUGAAAGCUUAAGAGCUCGAGAGGAGACACUGGUUCAACCAAAUGUGCUGCCUCUGCCUUCAGCCCCAACUGUUGAGUGGAGAAAAAGAGACAGCCAGGGGGACAUCAUUUACAAAUGUCCUAGAGCCAAAAGGGCAACUGUAAAAAGAAUAAGAGGUGACCACAACAAAAACUCUGCUGGUCCACUUGUUACAGAAAAUGACUUGAGUGUUGGCCAUGCAGAAGUCUCUGAAACAGCUGACGCUAAUUUUGAAGAGCUGAGGAGACUUUUGGACACUCAGGAAGGUGAUGCUGAUGAUGUUACUCCCAUUCAAGAUAAUGUCCCUCGGUCUGCAUCCAAUGACUGGACCAUUAGAUCUGCAAUAAGGGAAGAGAGAUGGAAAGAAGCUAGAGCUUUUCUUGUGGAGAACAUUUUGAGAGGAGAGGAUGCAAGUUCCUCAAUCUGCCAACAUUGCAGGUCUAAUGCAGCUGUUGUACGCUGUAGGGACUGCCUUCCUUACCCUUUUCUUUGUGGAGACUGUGACGAGCAAAGGCAUGGCAGUUUCUUUGUACUACACAAUAGGGAUUCCCUGGUCUCAGGCUUUCUACAGCCUUUACCUCCUUCCACAGGAUUCAUGCAGGCAGCUGUUCAAAUUUCUAUUAAACAGCUUGUUCGACUGCUGCCUGUAGAAAUACCAGCCCAUAUUUGUGGUUGCAGUGACGGAGCAGUCCUUGUUUCUUCAGGAAGGCCCAUUACCCUCAUUACUAUGAAUGGUCGAUAUAACCUUAGCAUGCCUCACUUGUCCUGUGCUGUGUGUGAAUAUUCACGUGAGCCAUCCUUGACAGAACUUCAGAGGAGUCUCUACUGGCCCGGCAACAUUCCUGCAAGUGUGUUAUUUACCACAGAUGUGCUCGUCUCAUUUCAUGAGAUGAAAAUUGCAUCACCAGGGAUAUCUUUUCAAGCCUUCGUUAAAAUGCUUGAUGAGAAAACGAUAUUCUUUGGUCGAAGUGGAAAAAUAUCAGCCAAUGUAUUUAGCUGCAGUUUCAAUGAAUGGGUUGCAGCAAGAUAUGAAGUGGAAAAGUUGUGCCAGGAGGAUUUUUUCACUUGUCCAGCAUGCACUCCAGACAUGCUUGCCAUUUCUGUUGAUGGUAAUCGCAAACACUAUCGUUUUAAAAACACAGCAAGCACAGACAAAAGGGGAUUAUUUGGCAAUCUUUUCUUACAGAGUGAUGUGGAGGUGUCUGACUUUGUGGACUACAUUCACAAAAACAAUAAUCAUGUUUCAGGGAGAGGAUUGUGUGGAGCAUCACAAUGGUCAGCAGCAAAGGAAUCCUCCAAAAAAUCAAGCAGCAAAUUGGAUGAGGAGGGAUUGGAAAUUGCUGUCUGUCGCCAUGGGAUACUCCUUAUGGCCCUAAAUAUGUUUCGAGGAGAAAUUUUUGCAUAUCCCCUUUUUCUACAGAAAAAACUUGCUGAAAGGUCUCAAGGGACCAUCAAAUUCUUCUGUUCGGAUGUGGCCUGCAAGUUUUUUCCAUACUUACAUAGAGUAUCUAAGAACUGUCUUGAGCUACAGCCUUUACUGGAUAUGCGUCCUUUUCUGUCAGUAAUGCAUGCCAAAGCACACGCUUGGAAAUGUGAGGUCAAGUAUGGUGGUGCCUAUCAAGAAGGAGCUGGGUCAACAAUUGGUGAAGAGGUGGAGCAGGUGAAUAGUUUUCUAUCUAGGCUUGCUAUUACCACCAAGUACAUGUCAAAAUCAGGCCGUGGGGACAUGAUUACAAUGCAAGCCAUGUCCUGGAAUAAGAGAAAGCUUCUUAAUUUGGGACAGGCUUUAGUUGCUAGAUUUUUAAAGACUCAGAAAGCUUUGCAAGAGCAACAACGCAUCUUGGAGGCACUGAAGACAGAGCUAGCACUGUAUGAUGAUUGUGUAGUUGAGCAGUGGAUUUCAGAUGUACAGCAAUGGGCAGAAGAAAGUGACCAUUAUGGAAGUGGUGAUCUGAAAAAGUUACAAGAGGAAAUAGAGGGGCUGACGGUGAGCAUCAAAAGGCGAACACAACGUCUGUACAGUCAAACAGACAGCAACAAGCGGCGCCACUCUUUGCGUCUUCGAAGGAAUGAGGAAAAGAAGAAGCUGGCUGCUGCAGUGGAGGAAUACAAUAGCAUAGCGGAUUCUUCCCAGCAGCUUGGUCCAGUUGAAGACUUCUUCAUAGCUGAGACUGUUGCCUGGCCUUGGCAAAUCCCCAGCAAUACUGAAUCCGUUCCUUUUCCUACCAAGAGGAAGGUGUUUGAUAGAGUGAUGGCAAUGAGACGCCUUCAGGAAGAGAAAAGUCUUCUUUGUAAGGAGAUGCAACAGCACUGGAUGGUCCUGACACACAAGACAUCCAAGCUUGAAGCAUUGAUUAAUGAAAUAAGUUCUAAAUGUGAGAGUCUUUUAAUAUUAAUUUAAUAAUAUUUU